UUUUCUCCACCGUAGGAAGCUCGUGGACAAGUUCCAUAAGCCACGCUCCAAUCCUUCUCAACAUUCACUUUACCUUCCCAUCGCCCAAACCCUAGCUUCCACCAUGGCUCUCAUCCCCCGAGCCGCCCGUUUUGCCGCGCUCUCAGCCCAGAGCACUGCAGGGCUAACGGCGGCGCUUCCCUUCUCAUCCUCCUCUGCCCCUUCAUCCUCACCGGCGCCGUAUUCCCGGCCAGGCCCGCCAUCGACCUCAUCGCCGACGGGGAUCUCGAAGGCGGCGGAGUUCGUCAUCUCGAAGGUUGACGAUCUGCUUAAUUGGGCACGCCGUGGCUCAAUCUGGCCGAUGACUUUUGGGCUUGCUUGCUGUGCGGUCGAGAUGAUGCACACGGGCGCCGCGCGCUACGAUCUGGAUCGUUUCGGCGUCAUCUUUAGGCCUAGCCCUCGCCAGUCUGAUUGCAUGAUUGUGGCCGGUACUCUUACCAACAAGAUGGCUCCUGCUCUGCGCAAGUAA